GUAUUGUGAUGUCAUUAUGGGGUAUUGUGAUGUCAUUAUGGGGUGUUGUGAUGUCAUUAUGGGGUGUUGUGAUGUCAUUAUGGGGUGUUGUGUGUAGAUUAAUGAGGAUUCAUUUUUAUUUAAUCCAUUUUAGAAUAAGGCUGUAACAUUUUGAAAAAAACAGAAUGGGUCUGAAUACUUUCUGGAUGUGAGUCUGGGAGUUUCACAAUCAACUGCAAACUCACUCUGCUGUCUGCCCUAAUCUGAACUCUGCUGUCUGCCCUAAUCUGAACUCGCUCUGCUGUCUGCCCUAAUCUGAACUCGCUCUGCUGUCUGCCCUAAUCUGAACUCUGCUGUCUGCCCUAAUCUGAACUCGCUCUGCUGUCUGCCCUAAUCUGAACUCACUCUGCUGUCUGCCCUAAUCUGAACUCUGCUGUCAGCCCUAAUCUGAACUCUGCUGUCAGCCCUAAUCUGAACUCUGCUGUCAGCCCUAAUCUGAACUCUGCUGUCUGCCCUAAUCUGAACUCUGCUGUCAGCCCUAAUCUGAACUCUGCUGUCAGCCCUAAUCUGAACUCUGCUGUCAGCCCUAAUCUGAACUCUGCUGUCAGCCCUAAUCUUAACUCACUCUGCUGUCUGCCCUAAUCUGAACUCACUCUGCUGUCUGCCCUAAUCUGAACUCUGCUGUCAGCCCUAAUCUGAACUCUGCUGUCUGCCCUAAUCUGAACUCUGCUGUCAGCCCUAAUCUGAACUCACUCUGCUGUCUGCCCUAAUCUGAACUCACUCUGCUGUCUGCCCUAAUCUGAACUCUGCUGUCAGCCCUAAUCUGAACUCUGCUGUCUGCCCUAAUCUGAACUCUGCUGUCAGCCCUAAUCUGAACUCUGCUGUCAGCCCUAAUCUGAACUCUGCUGUCAGCCCUAAUCUGAACUCUGCUGUCUGCCCUAAUCUGAACUCUGCUGUCAACCCUAAUCUGAACUCUCUGCUGUCUGCCCUAAUCUGAACUCUGCUGUCUGCCCUAAUCUGAACUCUCUGCUGUCAGCCCUAAUCUGAACUCUGCUGUCAGCCCUAAUCUGAACUCCCUCUGAACAGGAUAUAGAGGGUGCCUCCCCGAUGCACCCUUCACACUUUAUAGUUCACUACUUUUGACCAGAGCCAAUUCUACAGAAACAAUAACAGUGGCUGUCUUAAAAAAAUACUUCCUCAUUUAUGUUUUGAUUCUGAAACGGAAACACAUUCUAAGCUUCCGGGGUCAACAAAAUGUUAGUAUGCUUCCCAAAUGCCUAUAGGCCCUGAGCAAAAGUAGUGCGCUAAAUAGGGAAUAGAGUUCCAUUGGGAACUACACCCUGUCAGUGUGUUGUGAGGGCAUAUCUCUAUGCCUAACCAUGCUGUACCAUGCUUUACUAUUAGUCUCCACAUUAACUGUGUCGUUUAGCUUCUUCCUUGUAUACAAAGUAGCAGUUCUAGAAGACGACAUCAACAAACUCAGAGGAGAUAUUUCAAACCUAAAGCCACAUUCUAAAGAAUCCCCAGACGGGAUGAUAACUGGUAUGUCCAGAACAUGGGAGAGAUCAAAGCAAGUGGCUUCCCUAAAUUCCCAGCAACAGAGACAGACAGCGAAAGACUCUCAGACUCUGUGUUCCUCGACAGCAUCCUCUCUGAGAAUGAAACGGGAGCAGGCCGGCUGUAGUGGAGGUACAGUAGUAGUUCAGCAGUCGUCGUUUCUGCAGCUGUCAGCCAACACAAAGGAACAGCCAUUUGUUAGAGGAAAUGUGACAGUGAUUCCUUGGAUAGUUGCCUUGCAUCAAGGGGAGGCCAUCUCUUCCACUGGAGACAGAAUCAUCAUCCAACAAGGAGGCUUCUUCAUAGUGUUUGGCCAGGUGUUGUUCCAGAGUCCAGGCACCAUCAUGGGUCACAUAGUGCGUAGUCGAGGAACCGAUCAGAGAUCCACAGAGCUGCUCCGCUGUCUACAGGAGAUGCCCCAGACCAACUGUGCCAAUACCUGCCACACUGGAGGCAUGGUGAAGCUGGAGAGAGAAGACGAGCUGGAGCUGGUGAUCCCAGAUCGACCCCAAGCCCAGGUCUCCAUGGACGCAGACUCAACCUUCUUUGGCAUCAUACGGCUGAACUGACAACCAGGAGACAGAAGUCACCAGCAGGAGGUGUGGGACUUGAUGUCAUGAACAGGAUGAUGUCCUCCUCUGACAGGAUGAUGUCCUCCUCUGACAGGAUAAUGUCCUCUUCUGACAGGAUGAUGUCCUCCUCUGACAGGAUGAUGUCCUCCUCUGACAGGAUGAUGUCCUCCUCUGACAGGAUGAUGUCUUAUUGUUGUAACAACUUUCAUCCAUGGAGAGUUUCAUCCAUGGAGAGUUUCAUCCAUGGAGAGUUUCAUCCAUGGAGAGUUUCAUCCAUGGAGUGUGGAAGAUGGCUGGGAGCAGAAAUGUUAUUUUUCUGAACUACUUUUACCUGAUUAAUCUGACAAUAUGAAAUCGAUCUUGAAUGCUGUUGUGCUGAGUACAGGUGGUGUCCAGCGGACAUUAAAUGUUUGGUUUCCAUAUGUGUCAAUAGUUGAAGUGUAAUAAAGUAUUCUGGUUGUCCUGA